CACCGGUAAAGGAAACGACCGGAAGUGAAUUACUGAAGUGAAUACAUUCAAAUCACGUGAAUGAUCUAUUACACAAUAUUUUAGGUAUUUGCAAUUUGUGAACUCGCUAAGGGAAUUUGUGGGUUCUGCUUUGAAACUUUCAGUAGACACUAUAAUUUAAAUAAUAUCAUGGCAACGUACGAUAAUGAAGUACAGAAAAAGAUUCAGCAUAUGAUGGCGUUCAUUGAACAGGAAGCAAAAGAAAAAGCCGAAGAAAUAGAAGCGAAAGCUGAAGAGGAAUUCAAUAUUGAGAAAGGUAGAUUACUUGAGCAAGAGAAGUUGAAGAUUAAAACUUAUUAUAAGAAAAAAGAAAAACAAGUUACAUUACAAAAGAAAAUUCAAAGAUCAAAUCAGUUAAACCAAUGACUUAAAAUCUUGAAAGCCAAAGACGAUCACAUUAAGCAAAUUUUGGAAGAGGCCUGUGAAAAGUUAAAUGAUGUAACUAAAAAUUCAGAAAAAUAUUCCACUAUCUUACUAGGGUUGAUAACUCAAGGCUUAUUUCAACUUCUUGAAACAGAUGUAACAAUUCGUUGUAGAAAAGAAGACCUAGACACUGUUAAAAAGGUGAAAGAUAAAGCUGUAUCCAAUUUCAAAGAAGCAACAAAGAAAGAUGUUAAACUUAACAUUGAUGAAAAUCAUUAUUAAUGGUUGUUGAAAUACUUUGACAGUUCUGGUGGAGUGGAUUUUAUCUGUCAACAUUCAACUAUACAUGUUCAAAAUACAUUGGAAAGUAGAUUAAACUUGCUAAGUGGACAAAUGUUGCCUGAGAUACGGGAGAGCCUUUUUGGAAAAAACCCUUCGCGAAAGUUCAUGGACUAAAUAAGAACUCUGCAUUUUUUUGAAUUUCAAGAUUUCUCGUCGUUUAGCUGGUCAUCACUAUUUUUGCAAACUUCUUUGAAAACUGCCGAAAAAUUACUGUCAUUAGCCAUAAAUUUGUUUCAUCCAACUAAAUUUUAGAAUCAAUUUAA